AUGUAUCAGGUUUGUGCUGAAGAUGUUACGACUCAGACAGAAGAAACAGAUGCACUAGGUUCAGUUCUGGACAUGAAAAAUCAAUUAAUUGAUUCGGUCAAUAAUGCGAUCCAACUGAUUCGUGAGAAAAUUCGGGAGGUCCAGGAAGAAAGUACUGACUAUGGCCAACAAUUGGAGGAUGAGGCUUUGAAUAUUGACCAAUACGUUUAUGAGAAGAUUGCCGCUGCUCAGGAAAAAGUAACUUCUGCGUUAAUCAGCAAAGCAGUAGAUGUAAACGUAACCGAAUGUGCCGAUAUGUCAGAAUCUUUCAACCAAGCAAGUCAAGAAGCUUUGGAAGAAGUUAACACUUGUCUGAGGAACAUUAUUAUAGAUGCUUCCGUUUAUUUUAAAAAUAUCAUACAUUCUUCCGAAGCUCUUUUGAAAAAACUUACUUCUAUCAGGGACGAAGCUAUACUUUGUAAAUCUAAUGGCUGGAAUUUUUACUGUAACAAUGUGGCCGCAGCAAAAGGUACGUGGGCUAUAAGCAGAAAGGUUCCUAGCUUCAUAGCCGAUAUUCAAAAACUCAGUCUGAAAGUUUCAAAUUUCUUUACGGAAAUGGGAGUUUGCUCAUCUGCAAAGGGAGUAAAUCUAGUUAUUGAAAAUGCUUCGGAAAUUACUAAAAAAAUUCGCGAAUGUGUCAAGGCUCAAAAAGCUGCUGCAGAUGCCGAGAAAAAAGAAUAA